AUGUCAGCACCGAUCUCCAUUCGCAUUCGCACCCCUCACCGAACGACAUGUUCACGCCCCCCAUGUAACCCCCAAACCCCACCACAGUUCCAGGCAGGUUUCUUUGGUACUGUGAACGGUGGUACAGACAUCUUCAUCCUGGAAUUCCUCAGCGGCAUCAAGCAGAAGAAAAAAACGCGGCUGUUGUUUUUUGGCUUACGAUUCGCCGAGUUAAGACGUCUCUUCCCUCGGCCUGCACAUACAUUUUCCACAUAUACGCCGAACACGCCUCCUCUACCUUGA